AUGGUUCUUAAUGUCAGCCCUGGCCUUACGUUGAGGCCCUUGGUACCUCAUAUGAAAUUUUGUGCGUUUGUUCGUCAUAAUCAUAUCAACCAUUAUAAUAACCUUAAUCUCAAAUCAAGGAACGCCUCUGCUUCAGAAAUCAAAUCGAACUUUCGCAAAUUAAGUUUGAAAUAUCACCCGGACAUGCUAAAAUCACAGAAUUUGAGUCCAGAAGAGAUCGAGACCAAGAAUCAGAGAUACCUACAGAUAAAAAAGUCUUAUGAGAUUCUCAUAGAUCCUAGCAAAAGAGCAUCCUAUGACACAUCUGUGCCGUCAGAGUCCGCCUCUCCUAGACCUAUGCAUAAUUUCAAGCCGUCACACAGACGAGCACCUUUUACAGCACAUGGGUACUCUCCGCGAAACUCUAAUUCGGAUGACGUUCCUCACUUUGAUUUUAAUAAGCAUCUCAAACGCAACAUUCGUAACGAGAAACGGAUGCACGAAAAUCGUAUGAUGCAAUCUGGCCACCCUACGCCAUACAACGUCCGCUAUUCAAACUUCAGAGGAGGAGUUUACGACCCGGCACAGCAUAGACAUUACAGCACCACGAUGCCAGCCCAAGGCCCGGUUAUUGGGCUCGUUGGUCUAUUGGUUGCUUUUUAUGCGCUAGGGUCAAUAAUUGGGUCUGAUGACAUUACCCAGAUUCCCCGCAAAAAGCAGAUUAGUGGUCGUAUUGCCCCCGAGGUGUCCUCCCGCGGACAAAGUGACUACUCCUCACAGCUGGUUUCCAGCGCAAUUACACAAUCGAAAUAG